UCCUCCAUUAGCAUCUCAAAUUCUCUCCAUCAAUGUCGUAUAUGGAACAAAUCCCACCUUACGAGUACUACAAGUACGUGUUUGGAACCAGAUGUGCCGUUCUUGCAUGCUCAUCUUUUGAGCUUAUGAUGGUGCUCUUAGGUUCACUUGGAGAUAGUAAUGUUCUUGCAAAACUCUUCUAUCUCGUGUUCCUUGGUGCUUCUGCUGCAGUUUCUGGUUUCAAUCUUCAACAGAACAUCGAUGGUCGUGAUGAAAUUAAAAAGAUCACCGGAUCCGGAGACAAUGAGACUCGUGGAAAAGCAGCUGCUCUUGUCGGGAUUCCAGCUCUUGCUGCAGUUUUUGUGUUCCUGUGCGUAUCAGGUCAUGCAUUCUUCUCGUUGUUCGUGUUGGUUCAUGUUCUCGCUUCAAUCGGACAACUCGGUAUUGAAGCUUACGAGGUGAGAAAUGGAUUCUGUAUCAAAGCUCCAGAAAACAAGAAAGCUGUAGCUGAUUCGUACGAUCAAAAUUAUCAAAUUUUGAAUAUGGUUCAAGACAGUGUUUUUGACAAGAAGUGAUCUCUUUUGUUCCCAUGGACUAUCUGCAUUGAAUAAACGUGAAAGUUGCUG